UUCAGAUGUUAAGUCAUUGGGUAAUUACAGCAGCAGCCCAGAAACGAUGUCUUGGAAACUGAUCUUUUAUUACCAUUGAGGACGGAGAUCUUAAUAAAUCUUUGGUGAGAAUGUCAAAUGCGUACAGAGAAAUACUACAGUGAAUCUGCUUAUCCGUGUCCACCAUCAACAAUAUGACUCGAGUAUAUGAUAUCUUCAGCAAUGUCUUUGUCAAGUCUGGACGCUUGCAUAGUAAUUCUUGGAACAGAAGAUAGAUCACAGGAAAAAGGCUUUCAUGUCAGCUCCAGCUCAUAUCAUCUGAGUCCUACGUCCUAUGUGUAAAGUGUCUUCAAUGAAAAGCAGCCAUCACUCAACUCCUGAGAGGCAACUAUGGGCUACAUCAGAGUUAGGUUCCGGUGACAUGGCUAAAUGCACCAAGAAGGUCAGGAUCAUCGGGAAAUAUGGGACCCGCUAUGGUGCCUCCUUCCGGAAAAUGGUGAAGAAAAUUGAAAUCAGCCAGCACGCCAAGUACACAUGCUCCUUCUGUGGCAAGACCAAGAUGACGAGACGAGCCGUCGGCAUCUGGCACUGUGGCUCCUUCAUGAAAACAGUGGCUGGCGGGGCCUGGACCUACAACAUGACUUCUGCCGUCACAGGAAGUCUGCCAUCAGAAGACUGAAGGAACUGAAAGACCAGUGAAAGUGCUACCAUUUGAUACCCAAGCCCACUCAAUAGCGCACAGCCAACUAAAUAAAUGGGUUAAUUUACAUAACAGUUAAAAAAAUUUCUGUACAAUAUAUUUUGAUCAUAUUCUUUUCCUUCCCCAAUUCCUCCAAGAUUCUCCCUACCUCCUUUCCCACCCAACUCCAUUUUCCCCCAACCACCAUUGUACCCAUCUCUCUGACUCUGUCUUUCUCUCAAAAAAACAAACACCAGAGAAAACAACAAUCAAAACAGAGGCAUGUUUUGGUUGAGGUUCCUCUUCCACGAUGACUCCAACUUGGGUCAUGAUGACA